AUGGAGACCACCAACGGUUGGCUGGGGGCUCGUUACGACUGCGUCUCGGAGGGCGGCGACCUGGUCUCCAUCGUCUCGCCUUACGAGGAAAUCUUUGUGAAGAAGCAAAUGGGCAACAAGCCCUUCUGGAUCGGACGCUCCAAUCUGAACUGCAACGAGACCUGGUGUCAGUUUUUUCAAGCGGGAGAAAUGAAGCUGACUAAGUCCGACACCGUUGUGAUGCCGACCUACGCCAACUGGUACUCAGGUCAAGACAGAAGCGCCGACGUUGCAUCCUGCGCGUACGUCAACCAAGGGGUGCACCUCUCCAGUCAGCCUGGCAAGUGGAGACAUGGCUCGUGCGGAUCCUCCUUGGCGUACAUGUGCAAGCGGUCGCCCGACGCCUGCCCGGAGGGACGGCUGUGUUCCUACAAAGACUACGAACUCGGCGUCAGUCGAGUGGAGUCUUCCUUCUGCGACUCUGGCGAGUUCCUGUACAAGGACUCUUGCUAUCACUUUGAGGGGAAGGAGCGCACUUGGAAGGAGGCCGAGAAGUUCUGCCAAGACUGGAAAGGUCAACUGACCAGCGUCCACUCACUGGUCGAUGGCCAAUUCUUGGCUGCUCACGCGCCAUAUGUAGGAGGAUCGCAAUCUUGGGUGGGACUCAGGAAGAACACGGACAAGUUUGAGUGGAACGACGCAACACCUGCAGGCAAGAUCGAGUGGGUCCCACACAGGCCGGCAGGACGUGGUGACUGCGCUGCCUUGUCGCAGACUGGACAACUUGAGACCUGGCCCUGCACCAAAACCAAGGUCCAAGACUUUCUUCUUCCUCCGCCGCCAGGCUGGAGUGCAAAGUGCGGCUGGUGGCGGGAGCGACCCUUCUCCAACUUCUGCUACCUGAUCCAACGGAGGCCAACCAAGGCCUGGAAGCAGGCGCGAGACGACUGCCUCCGCCGCGGAGGCGACCUGCUCAGCAUCACUGACUUACAUGAACAUGCAUUCAUUCAAGGUAUCUACACUUCUCUGCCAAGCGCUACCUCUCUGUGGUUGGGCGUCAACAACAACGUCACGAAAGACGGCAGCGGGUGGACUGACGGAUCCCCGUUGGGUUACAUCGUCAUGGACGGAGGUGACCCCGGCGACCUCUCUGCUGCGUCCUGUCUUUCCUUGCUCACAAGCAACGGCCGCUGGAAGUUUGACGAUUGCUGGAAGAAGAGAGGCUACAUCUGCAAGAAAAGAGGAAACACGGCAAAAGCGCCGCGGCCUCAUGACAGCUUUAAGGAGAUCCUUGUCUGCAACAAGCAUUCUGCUGACCUCGUGUGUGAGGCUGAGGGUCAGAAGCAAAGCCGCAUCAGCAUCCAGUCCGCCUUUUACAGUCGGCGUAGUGACGACGUUUGCCAGGAGGAAGGCGACUCAUACAAUGACUACUCAUUGGACGACGACGACUCAUCGGAAGACGAGACAACCUGCUCAGUGGAAGGCAUCCUCCCUCGCUACAGGAAAAUGUGCAACAGCCAGCAAAAAUGCCACAUUGAGCUUUUGGAAGACAAGUCCUGCCCUGCCACCUCCAAAUAUCUGCAAAUGGUCUAUAGCUGCGAACAGAAAGUGUGUCUCGACAGUCUGGGCAUCGCCGACGGCAGCGUCGCAGACUCUUCCUUCAAAGCCUCCUCCUCAAUGGAAGACGCCACCCCAGAAAAAGCCCGCCUCAACGGGGAGUCCUGCUGGAAGCCGUCAAAAAAUCCCGUUGGCAGUUGGAUCCAGGUGAACCUCGGCUACACAAGAAAGGUGACUGCGAUCGUGACCCAGGGGUGUGAUAGCAACAAUACUCGCUCCUGGGACAUCCCACUUGAGAUGAGACUGAGCGUUGAUAGGAAGAAGUGGACCAAACACCCGGACGGGAAGUUCAUCGGCGGUGGGACUCAUCUGCUCGAGACACCCGCGUUCGCUCAGUACGUCCUCAUCCUGCCGCUGGAGAAUCGUCCAGAAUUUGGCCUCCGCUUCGACAUCUUGGGAUGCCCACAUAAGGAUGCCAUGACCUGUGCCAGAACGUUCAACAGCCUCCACUUGACCGAUGCGAUGACCUUCUACUGUCCACCGGGCUGUGCCAAAUACUUUGUCGCUGGAACAUUGGUCUACUCUGCGGACUCGCACAUCUGCGCGGCCGCCAUUCACGCUGGAGUCAUUCAGAACAACAUCGGAGGAGAUUGCAUUGUGAUGAGCGCUCCCAGGCAGCACGUUUACUUGGGCUCCACCAGGAACAGGAUCACCUCCAGAGAUUUGAACAACCCACCGGGUGUGUCUUAUACCUUUGCGGACGGAGAGCCCAGAUGCUCGGCACCCGACUGGGAGGAGUUUGCGGGGUUCUGCUACAAACUUUUUGACGACAAAAUGGAAUGGUCUGAUGCUCAUCUGGUCUGCCGUGGUUUCGGUGCCGAACUGGUGUCCAUCCGCACCGAGGUGGAGCAGGCGUGGGUGAAAAGUGCCUCCCACCUUGAAACCAGCGACAUGUGGACCGGACUGAACGACCUGGCGCUUCCCGGCACGUUGGUGUGGUCGGACCGCCACCAGGUGACCUUCACCCACUGGGCCGCCGGAGAACCCAUCCAGCGCGUCGGCCUCGACCAACACUGCGUGGCUGUGUUACGGCAGACUGGAAGAUGGAAGCCAAUGUCCUGCGCCCAAGUCAACAGCUUCAUGUGCAAAAUGCCCACAGCGCAUUUUCCAAUUGCCUCACCGGAGCCACUGGUGGCGCCGUAGAGUCCGCCUGGCUGUCAGUUCCCAACGGCCCAAGAGCCCAUGGAGAAAAUUGACAAUGCAAGAAAGUCAUCAUCGAAGACAAAGAUUGAAUGCCCUUCCUACUCUGCUCCAAAGAAAUAGUAUCACCAUUGUAACAAAACCAAAAAAAGACAAAAAAUAUCACUAGCUAAGGCCGACAACAUAUCCGAAGGCCUGGAGAGAGAACUUAUCUUAUCAUGAGUGGUUUUAGCAUUUAGCUUAGCUGUUGUCAGCCAACUAGAUGUCGUGUCCAGAUGCAAUGUGAACGAGCGUGCUAUGUUCACUUACACUCGACUCUACUUGGUUUGUCCUUUUCUCUUUUUUUUGCGCGCUUGACUUAACUUUGACUGCCUUUUCGUAAAGUUACUGACUCAAAGAGCAAAACACGUUGUCCAGAAAUUCCAGUGCUUUCAAAGAGCCCAAUCGUAAGAACGGGAGAGACGAGAAUCGUCUCGAGGCUGGAAUGAAAGUCCAAAGUCGGUUAUUGCUAUCUUUCAUGGUUUUGUUUUUAUUCGUGUCGUGUUGUCUUGUCCUCAUCGCCUUUAAAAAGCGAGCCCGGACUUGACAGCUUUUUGUUUGAAAGAAAA